ACUGGAUUUCUCGAGUGUUUGAGAAAUAAAAAAAUUUCAUCGGAUAUAAAUCUGUAUUCAUUAAAAUUAUUGUUUUGUUUUAAAGGUAAAAAUGGAUCCUUGACGUUUUCUAGAAGAUCCAUCCAAAGGCUACAAUGAUCGAUGAUCUCCUCUUUGCCUGUGUCAUUAUAUUUCUUUUAUUCUCGCAAAUUAAGUUGGACAAGGAUGGAAAAUAUCCUUUACUGAACGCUAUACCUGAUACGAACUUUACUUGCGGUCAUCGAUCACCCGGUUAUUACGGAGAUCCUCAUCCUCUAGCGCAAUGCCAAGUGUAUCACAUGUGCAUGGGAGGACGCCAUUUUGCCUAUCUUUGUCCCAAUCACACACUCUUUCAUCAGGAUCGACUCGUCUGCGAUCAUUGGUAUCACGUGAACUGUACAGAUAUGGAGAGGAGAUACAGAAUCAACGAAGAACUGUUUUCUAAAAAAUCCUCUCGGACAUCCAACAAGACGUCGAUCAUUUUCUCCGGAAAAAAUAAACAUAAAUCGAAAUGUAACGGAUGUCUCAAGUACUAUUUUCGAGAUAAACAGUUGUGUGUCCCGUGUGUCAGACCUCGAUGAUAUGAAAACUGUCUUUCCAAUUUUUUCUAAGACUCAAAUUCGGGUCCACGAUCGAGUCCAGAA